AUGCAAAGUGCUUUAAUAGGCUCCUGGCACAACAGUGGCUUUUAUGGGCACUACAGAGGCCAAUUCAAGAGUGAAACUGCUGGAGAAUAUCGCCUUGCAGCCAAGCCCCAACCUCCAGCAACAUUCCUGCAGCGAUGUCAGGAACCAGCACAGCAACACUUUUUCUCCAAGCAUGACAACCGCACUUCUUUUGACAAAGGCCCCUACUGCCUGCUGCAGGGAAUUGGAAGACGGAAAGACCUGGAGCGCCUCUGGCAGCGGCACACCUUCCUUCGCUGGGCACCUUGCGAGCUGGAGUUGAGCCAGCAGCCCCUGGAAUCUUCCUACCAGUCCGAUUUCCGGCCAGGCCCAGGACUCAGUAGCUUCCCACAGCGCCUCGUCCACUUUGUGCAGGUUCAGCCUCCCCAUGUGAGCACCACCUACCAGCAGAACUUCUGCCAGCCAUCCCAGGGUGGCCACUGUGGUAGUGACAAGGUAGGACCCCAAACACCGGUCACCAACAUUCUGCCUGACCUCCCAGGGAUCCCAAGACCCAAGAUGCUACAGCACUAUCUUUACAGUGGGGUCUCUGAGUGUCUAAACUGGUCUGGAGCAUUAAACAAGGACAGCUAA